CGUCACUAAGCACACAAAAUGGCGGGGCGGGAGCUCGCGGUGGUGGUGUCCCGGGCGUACAAGUACUAUGGGCGGGAGGACAAACCCGACUACAAGCCCGUGCUGCGGCACUUUAACAUGACCGUGGAGCGGGGCAUCAUGUAAGUAACAAACAAUAUGGCGGGAGCUCGCGGUGGUGGUGUCCCGGGCGUACAAGUACUUUGGGCGGGAGGACAAACCCGACUACAAGCCCGUGCUGCGGCACUUUAACAUGGCCGUGGAGCGGGGCAUCAUAUACGGUCUCCUUGGUCCAUCAGGAUGCGGAAAGACCACACUGCUCUCCUGCAUCGUCGGCAGAAGGCAGCUGGACAGCGGGGAGGUGUGGGUGCUGGGUGGGAGACCUGGGGAGAAGGGGAGCGGCGUGCCUGGACCCAGGGUCGGGUACAUGCCACAGGACAUAGCCUUAGUCGGGGAACUAACGGUGCGUGACGCGAUCUACUACUUCGGCCGGAUCUACGGCAUGAAGAUGAAGAAGCUGACCGAUCGGUUCGAGUUCCUGAGCAAUCUUCUGGAUCUGCCGCCGGCUGGGCGACUUAUCAAACAGUUGUCUGGAGGACAGCAGAGGAGGGUGUCACUGGCUGCAGCGCUUGUGCAUGAACCAGAGCUGCUUAUCCUGGAUGAACCUACAGUUGGACUGGAUCCUGUGCUCAGAGAACGAAUAUGGGAGUUUUUGUCCGAACUGGCGAGAGGAGGAACCACGGUCAUCAUCACCACGCACUACAUCGACGAAACCAAACAAGCACACAAGAUCGGUCUACUCAGAGAUGGACAGUUACUAGCAGAAGAAUCCCCAGAAGAACUCAUGCGCAAGUUAGACUGCAAUAACCUGGAAGAAGCGUUCCUGCAGCUUGCCAUGAGGCACCAUGAGCUGUCUCCCAGAAGAUCGACUCUGACCACGUCCCCAGACGUGAUCCCGGACAGCGUGGUGAACGCCGUGGAGAGCCGGGGGCAGUUUGAUUCCCGGGAAGACUUUAGUGUAGUCACCAGCAGCACUGACGUAUUAACCAAAAAAGAGAAUGCCAAAGACUGUAGCGGUAAGUCGCGGGGGCGGUACAAGGCCGUCUUCAUCAAGAGCCUCCAGCAAUUCUCCAGGCAUCCUGGCGGGCUGAUAUUCUCGGUUCUAUUCCCUAUUAUCCAAGUAGCGGCGUUCUUCUCGGCUAUAGGACACGACCCGCGUGACCUGCACGUCGCCGUAGUCAACGACGAAGCACGGUUAUCACCAUAUGGUCUCAGUAUUUGCCAAAAUAGCAGCCUACAGCCAAUCGUACGAUACGACAAUGACACUUGCUCGCAAUAUAUGCUAAGUUGUUGGUUAAUUGAAGAAAUGGCCAAAUACAAAGUUUAUGAGAUACCAUUCGAUACAAUAGAAGAUGCCAAAGCAGAAGUAACAAACGGCAAGCUGUACGGAGCCGUGUACAUUCCGCGGAACUUCAGUGAGGCUCUGGGCGAACGGUUCCGUGAGGGUGAUGUGCCUGAUGAUAUCGUGGACGAGAGUACAGUCGGCGUGUGGCUUGAUAUGACCAAUCACCAAAUCUCCAAUUUCUUGAAACUAAAGUUCCACAAGGCUUACGAAGGUUUCACGAAACGGACGAUGACGGCCUGUGGUAGACCCGAACGACUGGUGCAGAUUCCAGUGCACUUCAACGAGCCGAUCUACGGAAGGAUGAACGGGCAGUUCGUGGCUUACAUGGCACCGGGCGUUAUGAUCACAAUAAUCUUCUUCCUGGCGGCCGUGGUAACGUCAACCCUGAUGAUCGGGGACCGUUUAGAGGGCGUGUGGGAGCGGAGCGCAGUCGCAGGAGUGCAGCCCAAGGAGAUGCUGCAUGUGCAUAUCGGGAUACAGGCCACCGUUAUUUUAGUACAGGCCAUAGAGAUGAUGCUGCUCGGCUACGUGGGCUAUGGGCUCCCCACCAGAGGUUCCCUGUUCGCCUGUGGCUGCCUGCUGUUCCUCCAAGGCCUCUGUGGGAUGUGCUACGGGUUCCUGCUCUCUGUCUGCUGUUCCAGCUACACCAUGUCCUUCUUCAUCGCCACUGGGAGCUUCUACCCCAUGAUAUUGCUGUGUGGAAUCGUCUGGCCCUUGGAAGGCAUGGAAAAGUACCUCCAAUACAUCGCCCUGUGCCUCCCAUUUACCAUCCCAUCGAAGUCCCUCCGAGACAUCAUGGAAAAGGGCGCCACCAUCUUGGAUACCUCCGUGUACAGUGGGUUUCUGAUCACCGUGGCAUGGAUUGUCAUUACUCUGGGCCUGUGUUUCUUAAGGCUGAAGUAUAGGAAGACGUAAUUUCUUGCGCAGUUAGUUGGGCAUCAUCACAUGUGAA